AUUUUGUAUCCUAUGCAGACUUUGUCAUCUCACUAUUUAUAUUUUUUCCAGAUCAUUUCUGAAUAUAUUGAAUAGCAUCGUCCCCAAUACAGAUCCUUGAGAACGACCCUUUUCAUUGUGAAAACUGACCAUUUAUUCCAACACUUUGUUUUCUAUCUUUUAACCAGUUACUGAACUAUGAGAGAACCUUCCCUCUUAUCCCAUGACUCUUUGCUAUUUAAGAGGAACCUUAGAUGAGAAACCUUGCCAAAGACUUUGUGAAAGUCUGUUUCUAGUUUCCUUUAAAUUUAAGACCAUUAAAAUGCUUUGAAUUCUUAAGUCAUGUUUUCACUAAAUGGGUCCUCACACUUUUUGUUGGCUCUCACACACAGGUGGAUAUGGAAACCCAAAUCCAAUUGGAACGGUACAGAAAACAGUUUAAUAUAGCAGGAAUUCUGAAAUUCAGCCUCAACUGUGCAGAAUGCCACACAAAAUUGGAUUUGUGGUUAUCAGUUCAUCUGGACAUGAAGACGGCUUCAGCGCAAAAGAACUGAUGGUUCAUGCACCAACAGUCAAUGGAUGGAGAUCACCGAGACUCUGCCAGUAUCCACAAGAAAUCGUCCUUCAGAUGGUGGAGAAAUGUCGAGUUCGAAAGCUGCAAUUACUCGCUCACCAGUAUAUGAUAUCAAGCAAAAUUGAGUUCUUCAUAAGUGAAAAUCUGCCUGAGUACUUUGCACCGUAUCAAUCAGAGAGGUUUCGCAGACUGGGUUAUGUGUCUCUCUCAGACAAUGAGAAGACUGGGUACAAGGCACGGGAGCUGAAGUCAGUGUAUGUGGAUGCAGUAGGACAGUAUCUAAAACUCACUUUCCAUAAAAAUUUCAUCAAUAGGUACAACUUGUACAGUCAGGUUGCUCUGGUUGCAAUAAAUAUAAUUGGGGAGCCUGCAGACUGCAGCAAUGACAGCAAUAAUCCUUCAAGAGAGAAGCUGAUUGACCAUUACCUUGGGAACAGUCCAGAUGACCUAGCUUUAGAUGGAACAUACCUUGGAAAGCCUGACUCCAUUUCACCACUGGAUGAUUUGGCUUUUGAUAUGUACCAGGAUCCAGAAGUUGCUCAGAUAAUUCGUAAACUGGAUGAGAGAAAGCAUGAAGCUGUUCGUCAUGAACGUUACGACUAUGCCAAGAAACUCAAACAAGCUAUUGCUGACUUGCAAAAGGUUGGGGAACGACUCGGACGGUAUGAGGUAGAAAAGCGCUGUGCUGUAGAGAAGGAAGAUUAUGAUCUUGCAAAGCAGAAGAAACAGCAGAUGGAAGAGUAUCGCCUGAAGGUAUAUCAGCAACUGGAACUGCACAACCUUCUGGAUCCAGAUCUUAUGAUCCGAAGACCUCCUGAAUUGCCCCUUGAGCCUUUGGUUUAUUCAGUUAGUCCUCGGCAAAAGAAACCCAUGCAGUUAUCCCAGCAUGAGAAAGCAGAAGCACAGAAGAUAGAGCCUUUUCCACAAGAAAAGUCACCUGAGACAACUUUUCCUGAACCUGUUAUUCCUGAACACUCUGCUUCUCCUGUAGCCCCACCACCAGUCUCUGUAGAUGGUUUUCCAAAGACAAAUGUUGAAUUUCUGCCUUAUGAUGAGAGACCUCUCCCAGCUAUUCGUAAACAUCAUGAGGAAGGAUUUGCUUACCUUGAGCCAGAGAUGAAUGAAGAAGAUAUCAGUGAUACUCCAAGAAGUGGCAUCACUGGGGAACCAGAACCAUUAACUGAGAAAGCACUGAGGGAGGCCAGUCCAGCCAUUGAAGUUUUUGGAGAGGCCUUGGUUGCAGGAGCAUAUUCCAAGACUUGGUCGUAUCGAGAAGAUGCUCUGCUUGCUAUAUAUAAAAAGCUGAUGGAAAUGUCUGCCGGCACAUCUAAGGAUGAUUUAAAGAAUAUGCUUAGAGCUGCUGUCUUUCUCAUAAGAAGAGCUAUAAAAGACAUAGUGUCUUCAGUUUUCCAAGCUUCCCUGAAACUUUUGAAAAUGAUCAUCACUCAAUAUAUACCAAAGCAUAAGCUAGGUAAAUUGGAAACAGCUCAUUGUGUGGAAAGAACACUUCCAAAUUUACUUUCUAGAACAGGAGACUCUUCAACCCGUCUUCGUAUUGUGGCUGCAAACUUUGUCCAGGUAGGAAUGUCAUCGGAACUGCAUAUUAGAAUGACUUUUAACACAAUAUGUCGCUGUUUUGCCCACACACAUUGCAAUGAAGUUAAACCUCUUCAAAUGAUCCCUGUUCAUCUGGUCCAGCCAUUGAAACCAAAUUCCCCUACUCAUUUGGCAAUGAGUCAGGUGGACUUGGUGGAACGCCUGUUGAAAGACCUGGGAACAGAAAAUUCUGGUUUUACUAUUGACAACGUCAUGAAGUUUGCGACAGGGGCAUUGGAGCACAGAGUAUAUGAGGUACGCGAUUCCGCAUUACGGAUUAUCUUCGACAUGUACAGGCAGCACCAGACUGUUAUACUGGACUAUCUUCCUCCAGAUGAUGCCAAUACACGCAAGAAUGUUCUCUAUAAAACACUCUUUGAUGGAUUUACUAAAAUAGAUGGCAGACUUACUGAGGCUGAGCUUAGAGCACAGAAAAAGGCAGCCACAGAAGAAGCAGAAAAACAGAAAAAAGAGGAGAUUAAGGUUCUGCAAGGGCAACUGGCAGCACUGAAGGAGAUCCAGGCAGAAGUUCAGGCUGGAAAGGAGAAAGAAAAUGAUUUUCAAAAGCCAAAGACUCAAGGUGAGCAAAUAAAGAAAGUCACCCUACCUGCAGCAACAGAGAUUCCAGAUGAUCAUUCCUCAGUUGCAAAUUAUUUAGAUAACUUAUGCAUUUUUUGUGGUGAAAGGGACGAAUCGUUCACAGAGGAAGGCUUGGAUCUCCAUUACUGGAAACAUUGCCCUAUGUUGACAAGAUGUGAGCACUGCAAACAGGUGGUGGAGAUAGCAAGCCUGACAGAGCACCUGCUGACUGAGUGUGAUAAAAAAGAUGGCUUUGGGAAAUGUCAGCGCUGCAGCGAGGCCCUUCCAAAAGAGGAACUCCCCAAACAUGUGAAGAGCAAGACUUGCAAUGCUGCAAAACCAGAAAAAGUGGCAAACCAUUGUCCCUUGUGCCAUGAAAACUUCGCCCCAGGAGAGGAGGCUUGGAAAUCUCACCUAAUGGGUAAAGAUGGCUGUAAAAUGAAUCUACGGAGGGAGCAUACACUAAAUAAAACUCUGCUGAUGCAACCUGGCAAAGCAGCAGGAUUAACCUUAACCAAAUCAGGUACUACGGGAACAAAGGUUCGAUCUCCCGCUGUAGGAAGCAAGAUCCCUACCCCAAAAGGGGGCCUGAAUAAAAGCACUGGCAGAACAUACGCAAAGCGAUGACAUGAGAAGUACUUGUUUCCUUUGUCUCCAUAACUGAGCAAGUUUUAUGUGAUGCACAGGUCUAAGAUUGGUUUGCAAGUGACAGGAGCCCCACAUCACUCAUUUCACCAGAACUACACACUGCUUUUUAUCGACCAUACCUAGUGUUUGCCUGCUUCAUUUAGCCAAUAGCUACAGCUUAUAUAUUUCUUUUCUCUGUGCAGUGUUGUGUACAACUGUCCCAAGGACUUGCCUUUCAUGGUUAGUGAUGUGCAGUCUUUGGGAACAGAGACACUGCAUUCCCUUUGCAUUUUCCCAGUAGCACAGAGGAAGCAGAAAGUAGCUUCCCCUUCCCUGAGGAGGAUUCCUGGUUAGCUCAGGAUCUGACUAUGCUGGAUCUAUACCAUCUGCUGCUGCGAUAGCCAAUAUAGAAAUCAGAGGGGGCGCUGUAUCAGUCUGUAUCUGCAAAAAGAAUGAGGAGUCCUGUGCCACCCUGAAGACAUCUGAUGAAAUGUUUUUUGCCCAUGAAAGCUCGUGAUACUAUAUAUAUAUAUUUCUGUUCGUCUCUAAGGUGCCACAGAGCUACUCGUUUUUAGAUGUAUUUGGGUAUAAGUUUUUGUGGUCCAAGACCCGCUUCGUUAGAUGUCGGUUUUUGCCCACAAAAGCGUAUGCCCAAAUAAAUCUGUUAGUCUUCAGGGUGCCCCGGGACUCCUAGUUGUUUUUGCAACAUAGAGAUUGUGGCCAAAAUGUAACAUACUUCGGCUAUCCCUGGUCAAUGUAUUGCCCCAUGAGACGAGGGUGCUAACUAGUGCAAACGAGCAUCCUGGAUGCCAGGAAAACUAAGGAACUGGCAUCCUUUUGGCCCUUCGAAGCUACAACUGCCUCUCUUUUGGCCCUUCGUCUUGGCAUAGCUGAGAUGUUAGCCCUUCUGAUUGAAACUAUAUCAGGUUUUCAGAACAAAGCUUUGAGGUAUCUUUUCCUUUGAACCAAAGCUAAUGUUUGCUUACAAGUAGUCCCGAAACAUUUUGGGAAUGUAAUCAUUGUAUCAUGUGAUUUUUGUCACAUUAAUGGAGUCACUAUAAAAUGUGUUGAAACACAUUUAUAAUUGUUCUCUGCCAAAAUUAGCUUAGUUGCAUGACACACUAGAAGUAAUAGUGUCACUACAUACCUGGUUGGGGGGGUGGAAUGCUAGCCAUAUGAUUGAAUCAUUUUCCUACAGUAUAACUUUGCUAUGCAUAUCUCUGCACCUCUCCAGCAAAUCAAAACCAAUCUACAGAGAAGUUAUCCUAUGUAGGCUUUGAAGCACAUCACUGAAUGUUAGAAACACAGUAGCUGUAUUGCAAUCAUAGUAGCUUUGCUGUCAGUAAGUUUAUGUUAAGUAGUGUCACAGCCCCACUGUUCUAACAUAUAGCUCACAAAAAUUAAAGUAGAAAGUAAGACUUAAGCAGCUAAAAACAUUCUUCUGAGACACCUUGAAAUUCUUUAGCUGGUCAGUGUUAUGUAGCCACAAAAUGAUGUGGAUGAACAACAUGCUCUUUCUAGAAAAAUUUUUAACUGCUCUUGCACUCCUUUUGAUUGGCUGUCUUACCUCCAGAUUCAAGAUUGAUAUGAUAAAUAUAAUGAAUAUUUCAGGUAGCAGUUUUUUAUACAAUAACUACAUAUACAUAGAAGAAUAUACCUGUCCAUUCAGAGUAACAGUUAGACAUUUAUGCAAAGGCUUAAGCAUAAAUUAUUCUGUCAGUUAAAGGCGUGUUUGAAAAAAACAGAUUGUACUUCCAAAACAGUAAUUUUAUAAAUAUGGCUAAACAGACCCUUGUGAACAAACACGUGGAGUAGUUAAAUAGCAAUUUCCCUAAAAUAAAACUCUACCAGAGAUGUUGAAUUUAGAAACAACAAUAGAAAGUCACCAGUGCAGGCCAGGAACAUACUUUGAAUCCUGCAGGAUCCAAUCUGUUUCUCUACCUACAAGGUACCCAAUUUAUAAGAAAGAUAAUCUGAAAUGUUUUUGCCAGAUGCCUUGUUCUCUGUUACCCAUCCUAACAUCUUGUAAAGCAAAAAAUCAAACCAUUCUCCAGAAACAGUAUUUAUUCAUUAUGCCACAUACUAACAUGAUUUGAUAGUAAUUCCGCAAUACCCUUUGACGUUACUAUAAUGAAGGUUCAGUCAACAUGUCUAUAGAAAUCCCAGCUGUCUAAGGUUUCUAAUCCUUCUGGGAGGCAGGCUGUUGGCUGAGGGGGCAAAAUUGGUUUUAGCAAAUGUGGAUGAAAUAACUGAAGUCAUUUAACUUACAAAAUGGUAAAAAACUGGUAAUUUCUUUUGUAUGCUUCCGCUCAAGCCUGUUAUUUCUAAAAUGGGAUUGUGCAUAGUAGAC